AUGCACGCAUCAUUCUGCAAACUUGCUGCACUCUUCGCGCUCACUUCACUCUUUGCUACUUUCCUCACUGCUCUCUCCACUCUUCUGGCCCCCUCUUCACUCCCCCGUUUUCCACCCCCCCUCCUCCCUUCCUCUCUGUCCCGAUAUGCCCGCGUCUGGUCCCAGCAGGUCGCUCAUACGGGAUGGCUCCCUUCUCAGCUCUCACUUGCCUUCCCACCCCACCCCACCCAUGCACUCCUCUCACAUUUCUACCCCUGGCCGCAUACUCACUUCUCUUCAGUUCUUCUCCUUUCCGUUGAGGGGAGGGGCGUGGGGGUGAACACCGCCGCUCCCUCACGUCCCUCCUCUGUGGCUGUGCAGGUGGCAGUGGUGGGAGGGGAGGGGGGCAGAACUUCACUCGGCUGGGAUGGGAAGGGAGAGAAUCGGGCUGGGUUGUCUGAAACAAGCAGCCCCUCUGGUGACGAGUUCCCAGCACUCCCAGCAGCGCCUUUGGUUGUUUCCUCCUUGCAGGUGGAGGGGAGGGGCGUGGGGGUCAACACCGCCACUUCCUCACGCCCCUCCCCUUGUGGCCGCGCAGAUGGCAGUGGUGCGAGGGGAGGGGACAGCACUCCACCUGGCUGGGAUGGGCAGGGAGAGUAUUGGGAUGGGUUUUCUGAAACAAGGUGGAGGGAAGGGGCGUGGGGAUCAACACCGCCACUCCCUCACGCCCCUCCCCUUGUGGCCGUGCAGGGUCGUCUCGGCAAUCCCAAGGCUAGCACCGAGGCCAGUCUCCUCAAUUCCGAUGUUGAUCCACGUUCUACGUCACCCCCAGUGGAGACAAAAUCGCUGGGCGGCGGAUCAGAUCUCCGCGCCUCCUCGUCGCGUCAAAUCGAAUCUCUCGCGACUGUUGGACUCGAGCUGGAGCUGAGUCAGCACCGACCAAUCAGAUCUCUCGCGCGGAGCCCCGUGGACGCGGAAGAGGCGGAAGAUGACGCGGAGAUCCCCGCGGAGAUUCCCCCCGGUAGGGUCGGGAAAGGCCCAGCCGACGCGGGGUUGGCGGAAGAAGCAGAGGGCGCGGCGGAAGCGGCGGAGAUUGCGGAAGAGGAGAUUGAUCCGCCCAGGAAAACGGUAAAUAAGAAGAAAAGCGGUGUGGGUGGUCCGGGCAGGGGGGGAGAAGACGAAUUGGGGGAGGAAGCGGAGGAGGAAGCUGGGGCGGAAGCGGAGGUUGGGGAGAAGAAGCGGAAGGGGGAUGUGACUGGGGAAGGGUCGACGAAAGGCGGGGUUACUGGGAAAGGGGCGGGAGUGGUGGGGGAAGAGGCGGAGGAGGGGGAGGAAGAAGCGGAAGCCGAGGGAGCGGCAGCAGGAAAAAAGACUACUCCGGGGAAAGCAGCAGCAGCAGCAGCAGCAGCAGCAGCAGCAGGGGAAGUUGGUGUAGGGAAAACAGGGGCAGGGGGGGAAGGGGGAGCAGGAGGCGGGUUGAUAGGCAGUGGGGGGGAAAGCACGCGCAAGACAGCAGCAGAGCGAGACGCGGAGGUGAGGGCGGAGGCGGAAGGGGAGGGGGAAGGGGAGGGGCUGGCGCAGGGGCUGGGGAAGGGGAAGGGCAAAGGGGGAGGGGGUUUAGAGGCGGAAGGGGAAAAGAGGGCUGUAGGGGAGCCUAUAGAGCAAGCAGCAUCGGGGGAUGAAGGGGAUAAGUUUGAGGAGGGGGCAGGGGGGAUGACAGGAAAAGGUGCUGGGGCGAGAGGUGGGGGAAUCGCGGGGGAGAGAGGUGGGGAGGGUGCUGGGGGGUUGGGCGUGGAAGGGGGUGAGGAGGGAGGUGGGGAAGGGGGCGCGGAAGGGGGUGCGGAAGAGGAGGAGGGAGCAGCAACGGUGGAUGAGCAACCAUGGGCGGAGGGGCAGCCAAAGGGAAGGGCGGGCGAGGGGGAGGCGGAGGGGGCGGGGGGAGAGGUGGGGGGAGAGGGCGUGUUUGGUGGGGAAAAGGGUGGUGCCGGUGGUGCUGGUGCUGGCGCUGGUGCUGGUGGUGCUGGUGGUGCUGGUGGUGGUGGUGCGGGUGAUACUGGCAGUGGGAAGAGUGAUAGCAGCAGAAAGGGCGAUUUCUCUGGGGAAACCGACCAAGCCCCCUCGUCUGGUAACCCGGUUACCACACCCGAAACCACCACUCCCCCUAGCAGCAGUAGCAGCAGCACGAGUGCCACUAUCCUUCUGUCCAUCAAACGAGCCCUGAUCCAGCUCUUAAAGCCCUUGAUUAUCUCCACUAUGGCAACCAUCUACCCCUUUGUUGGUGUGGCAAACGCGGAAACUUUCGCGGUGUACCUCGUGCUAGGGGCAUUUACCCUGGCAAUCAUAGGUUCCCUGGUGGUAAUCAUCGCGUGCUACUGUUGCUGCAGGACCAGGCAUGGGGAAGGGCCGUUGUAUCAGAGCGUUGCUGGGGCGGAGGGGGAUACAGGGAGUGGGUUUGGAAGCAAGGUGGGGGGUGUGGGUGGGAGCAGGGGCUCGGAAGAACAGUGGGAUUGGGACGAGGAGGACGUGGAUGGGGAUGAUUGGGAGAGAGUGGGGAGGGAGAAGGGAGGAGGAGGAGGGGGGGGAGUAGGGAGGGGUGCUAUGGAGGUAGAGGUUCGGUCACCUACUAGCAGUUCGUUAAAGCUGGGAGGAGGGUCUAAGUCGCCUUUUGGUGCUGCGGGUGGUGGCGGCGGCAGCAGUAGCAGCAGUGGCAAGCCGUUGUUUCUCAAACCGGCUGUCACCUCUGUUUCUCCUACUGCUGCUGUUCUUGCCUCCGCUCCUGUCGUUGCUCCUCUCGCUGCCGCUGCUCUUCCUGCUGCUGCUGCCUCUGUAAUUGGCGCUGGCAACGGUGUUACCAGCACGGUUACCAGCAUCAGCAGCACUGGUGUAACCAGCGCUGCCAGUGGCAGUGCCAUGAGCAAGAAACCGGUGCGGACAGGAUGGGUGGAUGAAGAGGAGGAGAAGGAGGAGGAGGAUAUUGGAUGGGGAGAGCUUGGGUCUUCUCUUGGGUUCGGGGGAAGCAGCACGGCUGGGAGCAAAAAAGGAGCAGCAGGAGCGAGAGGAGGAGGGAAGGCAGGUGGUGGGGGUGCUGGUAAGACAGCAGCAGCAGCAGCUAAGAAGAAGCAGACUACGAGUAAGCUAGUGGUUGCCAAGGGGAAGAGUGGCGGUGGGGAGGAUGAUGGUGAUGAUGAUGGUUGGAAUUUUGAUGAGAUGUAA